CUCCCACGAUUAUUUUCAAAAGUGAUCCCAACUCUUCGAUGCCGACGCACGCGUCUCUUGCGUAAACACUGACUCUGCAGAGUACACACUUGCGCUGUUAUAUACUGUAUCACAUAUUGUUAUAUUAUUAUUAUAUAUCCACCAUCGCCGUCACCAUCGACCAUCACCAUCGCCAUCGAUAUUAUAAUAUAUCACCAAUAAUAAUAUCGUAUAGAUUGUUAUUAUUUUCGCGCGCUCGCCGUUAUAAUAUAUAUUAUCAAUAAUUGCAGUCGGGAGUGAUUUUUCGAAAAAAUAAAUAAAAAAAAAGUCGUUUCACAUAAUAUUGUUUUAUAUAAUAUAUCCAUCCGAUACAUAAUAUAUAAAUAUUGUAUUUUAAUAUUUUCACCGUCCGCCAUACGCACGUCGCCCAACACAAUACGUCUCCUCGCCCGUUCGCCCGUUUUGUUCGCACCACCGGGUACAUCGGCUCUCCGCGCGGCGGAGGCGGCGCGAGAUGACGGCCGAGAUCAUGUCCGACGGCGGCGGAUACAGCCGGGAACUGUGGCUGAACGCGGUCGCCGCGGCGCUGGGUCUGACCUACUCGGCGUACCAGCAGCUGCGGGCCGCCAGGACGCUGCCACCCGGGCCGUGGGGCGUACCGUUCUUGGGGUACGCGCCGUUUUUGUCCAACCACUGCACGUACCUCAAGUACAACGAGCUGGCCCGCCGGUACGGGCCCAUAUGCUCGUUUACGCAGCGCGGCAACACCGUCAUACUUCUCAGCGACCACAAGCUCAUCAAGACCGCGUUCGACAUGAAACAGAUCACCGGCCGGCCCAACGACGGGUACAUGGACAUCAUCGGCGGAUACGGAGCGGUAAAUAGUACUGGGAAGUUAUGGGAGUCGCAAAGGAAGUUUUUGCACUUGGUACUUCGACACAUGGGGAUGACGUUCACGGGCCACAACAGGUUGAACAUGGAAAACAGAAUAAUGAUCGAAGUAUCGACGUUAACGGAAACAUUUCACAAGGCUUGUGGUAAACCAAUAGAUCUAAAUGCUGGUUCGUUAUGUCUGGCCAUCACCAACGUAAUUAGUUCAUUGACGAUGAGUGUUAGAUUCGAACCGAACGACCCGCGCUUCGAGCGGUACAUGCACAUGGUCGAUGAAGGUUUCAAGCUGUUCGGCAUGUUGAGGCCGGUGAGUUUGUUUUUGCCGAGACGUCAUAUUAAUGACGAACGAAACAUACAGGAAAAAAUCAAGAAUAACCAUCGAGAAAUCGCCGGAUACUUUCAAAAUAUUAUCGAUGAACACAGGAGUACAUUCGAUCCGAAUUGCAUUCGAGACCUGGUCGACGCUUACUUGUUGGAGAUAAAACGCUCCCAGGAAGCCGGCACGAUGGAUCAACUAUUUCAGGGUUUGGAUCCAAACCGGCAGGUCCAGCAAAUUCUCGGUGACUUGUUUUCGGCCGGCAUGGAGACUAUUAAGAAUACGAUUUUGUGGGCCAUGGUGUACAUGCUCCAUUAUCCGGAUGUGAUGACCAAGGUGCAAGACGAGAUCGAUUCGGUUGUGGGUCAAUAUAAAUCGCCAGUGCUCGACGAUUACCCCAAUUUACCAUAUACACAGGCUACCUUAUACGAAGUACUGCGGAAAUCGAGUAUCACGCCUUUGGGCACGACACACGCAACAACCAGUGAUGUAACACUCAAUGGUUAUCAUAUACCGACGGGCGCUCAAAUCAUACCUUUACAACACUUUGUACACAACGACCCGAACUUAUGGGACGAACCGGAGGCGUUUAAGCCGGAGAGAUUUAUAAAUGCCGAAGGCAAAGUGAAAAAACCCGAUUGUUUUUUACCUUUCGGAGUCGGUCGGAGAAAAUGCCUGGGUGAGACGUUAGCUCAAAUGGAACUAUAUUUGUUCUUUUCGACCUUGUUACACGAAUUCGAUGUAUGUCUACCUGAUGGUGACGAAUUACCUAGCAUGGAUGGUCAAGUCGGUAUCACACUGACUCCACAAUCGUUCAGGGUCGUCAUGAAAGCACGCCACAAAUAGAUUUAAUUUUUACUUUUUUAUUCUCAGAUCCUCUUACUUAGGUUGUUUAUGUAUUUUUAAUGGAAUAUUAUGUAUUUAUUUGAGUAAUAUUCCAUAAUAAUUGUUUAGUUUAAAAAUGUUUUAUUAUUUAUUUACCAACUUUGUACGUGGUUCCCUAUAAAUUAUAUACAUUUUCUAACAUUUAAUUUAAGACCAUACUAUUUAUUGACUAGCUAGUUUAGUUUAAUUUAUACUGUUAUAUAAAAUAAAAAUUGUAUUUGUUUAUUUAAAGUAGUUAGAAGUGCAUGUUUUCCUAUUGAUAUGUUUAUGUACUUAGUGCCAUAUACCAUUUUUUGUAAAAAAUAUUUGAUGUAGUGUUUUAUUUCGUAUUAAGGUAUAAUUGUUAUUUUUUUUAUAUUACCAAUGUACAAGCAACCUAUUAAAAUUAAAUGUUAUAUGUUUUUGUCAA